CGAACAUAUACUUAUAAUAUACUUAUAUAUGGCAUAUUUAUAAUUAAAAAUAGUAUAUAACAAAAUUACAAAAGAUAUUAAACAAGUUAAAGUUGAUUAGAAAUGAUCCUGGAUAUUUUUUUAAGGUUCCUUUUUUUGUUCCUUCAACUUUUCAGUCUAACAUUUGCAAUGCUUUAUUUUUUUGAUAACUCUAAUGAUCAUAUGUUGAUACAAAACAAUUUGGUUGCAACGUUUGCGUCAUGGGGAAAAAGGUACUAUGUGAUUUUUAAAGUAAAACCUUUAUCGUACUCAUAUGAUUGGGAAAGUGUUAUUCAUUUUACUCUUGGAGAAGAUUAUUCGCGCUAUGGAGAUAGAAACCCUGCUGUCUGGUUUAUGAACGAUGGCUCUGAAAUGUUGCGCAUUUAUUGUUCGGCCAACGGAAAUCCAGUAGAGUUUAUUGACUCCCCUUCUUUGCUACUUAAUACCUGGUCUACUAUUCAAAUAUGCCAAGAUAUUAUUGACGGAAAUUAUUUAUUUGCAGUAUAUAUAAAUGGAAAAUUUAUUAAAAGCAUAAUUAACAAAAUGCCUCAAGCUUUUGAGAACGUUCGUGUUUAUGCUGCAAAUCCAUGGUACUAUACAAAAGAUGGUUAUAUUAAAGACCUCAAAGUUAUAACCGGAAAUGAAAACUUAUUAGAAGAUCUUAAAGAACAUGCAUUCAUAAAAGAUAAUCUGAUUGCGACAUUACCCUUGCUGGAAAAAAAAUUUUCUGUUUCUUUUAAAGUUAAGCCAAAAUUAUAUAAUACAAGUAACUUUACAUCUGUUAUUCAUCUGACUAUUGGCGGUGAUUAUGGGUAUUAUGGUUACAGAACUCCAGGAGUAUGGUUUACUAACGAUGGCUCAGGAAAGAUGAAGAUUGUUUCUUCAGUUAAUGGAAAUCAUAAUUAUUAUAUUUUAACGGAACCAUUACAACUAAAUGAAUGGUCAAACUUAAUAGAAGAUCUUAAAGAACAUACGUUAAUAAAUGAUAAUCUAAUCGCAACAUUGCCCAUGCUACAAAAAGCGUUUUCUGUUUCUUUUAAAGUCAAACCAAAAACUUAUUACACAGGUUAUCCUAUAUCUGUUAUUCAUUUGACUAUUGAAGGUGAUUAUGGGACUUAUGGGGACAGAACUCCAGGAGUAUGGUUUACUAACGAUGGCUUAGGAAAAUUGCUCAUUUCUUCUUCAGUUAAUGGAAACCAUAAUUAUUAUGUGAUAACAGAACCUUUGCAGUUAAAUGAAUGGUCAAGUAUUAGAAUAUCUCAGUUUCAAGUUAAUGAAAUUUAUAUGUAUACAGUGUAUUUGAAUGGAGUCAAUAUUCAUAGUAUUGAAAAUAUACAACCACAAGCAUUUACAAAUGUAAAUAUUUAUGCAGCAAAUCCGUGGCAUUAUGUUCAGAAUGGUAAUAUAAAAGAUCUAAGAAUAAUAAAUGGAAAUGAAGAGACUUGUGGUUUAAUAACCAUGCUUUCCUCGAGCACUCAGAAUGAAGAAAUACAUGUUCACAUAAACUUAACAACAAACUGUGAAUGUUCUCUCCAGAAUAUAUCUCUUCAUCUACAACCAGAUAAACUUUUGAUAUUCAAAAGAUUUUUAUGGGAUGAUUCACGUUUAAACAAUUCGUUUGAAGUAAUAAAUGGAAAGAUCAUUUUAGUUGAUGUCGCUAAACUUCCUAAAGAUUUACCUGUAUGGUUUUCAGCAAUCUAUGGAAAAGUUCCGAAUGGUAGGAAUAAUGCAUCUUUGGAAGGUCACUCUAAAUGGAGUUAUUGUUAUGGAGAUCCAGUUUUUAAAUUUAAACAACUGUAUUUCAAUGUACCUAACAUAAAAAGAACUGUAAAAACAGUCAAAAUGAAUCCAAUAUGGUCUUUUAUCCAACGAAACCAAACAGUUUUACAGACUGAAAAGUAUCAGUUUGUGUGCGCAAACAUACAGAAAAGACAGCCAAGUCUUUGCUAUCAGCGUGAAAUAUCAACAGGAAUUAUUACUUUUUUUUCAAUUCAAUUGUUGAAUGUAAUUGGAUACGAUUCCGUAACCGAAGUUAUAUAUGGACGCACCCAUAGAAAUAAUGUUAUUGAGAUGAACAUAAAUAACAAAAAACCUUUAAUUAUAACUAUGGAAAGAUGUUCUAAAUUAAAUGCAUGCCAGCCAUUUUUCAGUUAAAAAUGAAAUAAUUGGAAAUGUUUCUGUGAAUAUCUACAUCUUAUACGCAAAGCGAUAAAUUUCAUUUUUAUUUUUCAAUUUUAAAUAAAAGUUUAUCUAGCCGCACGUAGAAAAAAUAAAGAAAUGCACCAACCACAUUAUAAUAACAAACAAUUCAUAUAAAAGUUUGCGACGUGAAUAUACAUGUAUAUGCUUAUAAUUUACCAAGAUAGAAUUAAUAUGUUUACAAAUAAAUUAUUUUUACUUUAAA